AAGUUAGUUCUCCCCUGUCUUUGUAUUAGACAAACAGUGAUUCAAGAAUUCAGUAUGUUCAUAUUUGUCAUGAAGCUCCAACCACUUUGGAUGCAUCUGUGCUUUUGUGCACUUGUAGUGGCCUCUGCUCCUAAUCAUGCUAAUUCCAGUGUGCAUGAUUCCUCAGCUUCAGCUACGAUACAAAGCAGAGAAGCAAAUGCUUUGUUGAAGUGGAAAGCCACCCUUGACAACCAAAGCCAAGCUUCCCUCUCUUCAUGGACUGGCAAUAAUCCUUGCAACAACUGGCUGGGAAUUGCUUGUGACAAAUCCAAAUAUGUUUCCAACAUAAGUCUUCCAAAUAUUGGAUUAAGAGGUACGCUUGAAAGUCUCAACUUCUCAUGACUUCCAAACAUCUUCAUCAUAGAUUUAAGCAAAAACUCCUUCGAUGGAAGUAUUCCUUCCCAUGUUGGGACAUUGUCCAAUCUUGACACUCUUGAUUUGUCAACUAAUAUACUUACCGGACAAAUCCCACAUUCAAUUGGAAGGUUGAUCAAAUUACAAUAUUUUUUCCUUUUUAAAAAUAAACUCUCUGAAUUCAUUCCUUCAACUAUUGGAAAUUUGUCGAAUCUAAAUUACUUAGAUUUAUCUGCAAAUGAAAUUACUGGGCAAAUCCCACCUUCAAUUGGAAGGCUGAUCAAAUUACAAUAUCUUUCUCUUUUUGAAAAUAAGCUCUCUGAAUUCAUUCCUUCGACUAUUGGAAAUUUGUCGAAUCUCAAUAACUUAGAUUUAUCUUCAAAUGAACUCAUUGGACAAAUCCCACCUUCAAUUGGAAGGUUGAUCAAAUUACAAUAUCUUUCCCUUUUUAAAAAUAAGCUCUCUGGAUUCAUUCCUUCUACAAUUGGAAAUUUGUCGAAGCUCAAUACAUUAUAUUUUAAUUCAAAUGAACUCAUUGGACAAAUCCCACCUUCAAUUGGAAGGUUGAUCAAAUUACAAUAUCUUUUCCUUUAUAGAAAUAUACUCUCUGGAUCCAUUCCUUCCACUAUUCGAAAUUUGUCGAAUCUCAAUAACUUGGAUUUAUCUUCAAAUAAAUUCACUGGACAAAUUCUACCUUCAAUUGGAAGAUUGAUCAAAUUACAAUAUCUUUUCCUUUUUGAAAAUAAGUUCUCUGAAUUCAUUCCUUCGACUAUUGGAAAUUUGUCGAAGCUCAGUGUAUUGUAUUUAUAUUCAAAUGAAUUCACCGGACAAAUUCCACCUUCAAUAGGUAAUUUAGUCAAUUUAAAAAUCCUCAGUGUUGGUGAAAAUAGACUCAGUGGCAUGAUUCCAAUUGAAAUGAACAGGCUCCUGAAUUUGGAAAGUUUACAACUAUAUGAUAAUAAUUUUAUAGGUCAUUUACCUCACAACAUUUGCAUUAAUGGAAAGUUGGCAAACUUCUCUGCCUAUAAUAAUAAAUUCACAGGCCCAAUUCCACAGAGUUUGAAAAAUUGCUCCAGCCUUAUCAGAGUCAGGCUUCAGAAAAAUCAACUAACUGGAGAUAUAACAGAUGCUUUUGGUGUACUUCCAAAUUUGAACUACAUCGAAUUGAGUGACAACAAUUUCUUCGGUCAUCUUUCACCAAACUGGGGAAAGUUCAGUAGCCUCGCAAGCCUAAAGAUCUCCAACAAUCAUUUAUCAGGAGUUAUACCACCAGAACUAAGCAAAGCAACUAAUUUGCAGUCACUUCACCUAUCUUCAAACCAUCUUACAGGAAACAUUCCGCAAGAAUUAUGUAACUUGACCUUGUAUGAUCUAGCAAUCAACAAUAAUAAUCUUUCAGGAAAUGUUCCCACACAAAUAGCAUCAAUGAAGGAACUUGAAAAAUUGGAUCUUGGAUCAAAUAGUUUGAUUGGCUUAAUCCCAAAACAACUUGGAAAGUUGCUCAAAUUGUUGAUCUUAAAUCUAAGCCAAAAUGAAUUCGAGGGAAAUAUUCCUUCUGAGCUAGGUGAACUGAAAUCUCUUGGAAGUCUUGAUCUUAGUGGAAAUUCCUUGAGUGGAACAAUACCACCAAUGCUUGCAGAAAUGACAAUAUUAGAAACAUUGAAUCUCUCGCACAAUAAUCUUUCAGGUGAUCUCUCUAGCUUUGAUGAUAUGAUAGGCUUGACAUCUAUUGAUAUAUCAUACAACCAAUUAGAGGGUCCACUUCCAAACAUUCAUGUGUUUCAAAAUGUUACUAUUGAAGCAUUAAGAAAUAAUAAAGGCUUGUGUGGUAAUGUCACUGGCUUAGAGCCUUGCCCAACAUUAAGUGGGAAAUCUCAUAAUCAUAAGAUUAAGAAAGUCAUAAUGAUAGUUUUACCACUUACUUUGGGCACUCUAAUACUUUCACUAUUUGCUUUUGGAGUCUUGCAUCAUCUAUGCCAACCUUCAAAGACAAAAGAAAACCAGGUUGCAAAAUUUCAAACUCCAAACAUAUUUGGAAUAUGGAAUUUUGAUGGCAAAAUGAUGUUUGAGAAUAUUAUUGAAGCCACAGAACAGUUUGAUGACAAAUAUCUCAUUGGGGUUGGAGGGCAAGGAUGUGUUUACAAAGCAAAGUUACCAACGGGUCAAGUUGUUGCUGUGAAAAAACUGCAUUCAAUUCCAAAUGAAGAAAUGCUCAAUCAAAAAGCUUUGGAAAGUGAAAUCGAAGUGUUGACAAAAAUUCGGCAUCGUAACAUUGUGAAGUUAUAUGGGUUUUGUUCACAUCCACAAUUUUCAUUUUUGGUGUAUGAGUUCCUGGAAAAGGGUAGUGUCGAGAAGAUUUUGAAGGAUGAUGAAGAAGCGAUUGCAUUUGAUUGGCAUAAGAGGGUGAAUGUUGUGAAAGGUGUAGCCAUUGCCUUGAGCUAUAUGCACCAUGAUUGUUCACCUCCAAUUGUUCAUCGUGAUAUAUCAAGCAAGAAUGUUCUUUUAGAUUUGGAAUAUGUAGCUCAUGUCUCAGACUUUGGAACAGCCAAGCUUCUCAAUCCUGAUUCUUCUAAUUGGACUUCACUCGUAGGAACCUUUGGAUAUGCUGCUCCAGAACUUGCUUACACAAUGGAAGUAAAUGAGAAAUGUGACGUGUAUAGUUUUGGAGUCUUAACAUUGGAAAUACUUUUUGGAGAACAUCCUGGUGAUGUUAUAUCUUCUUCACUGUUAUCAUCUUCAUGCCCAGUUGUGCCUUCAUCGCUUGAUAACAUGUCUUUGUCUUUGAUGGAUAAGUUGGACCAACGUCAACUUCAUCCAACAAACCCUAUUGCUAAGGAGAUGUUAACCAUUGCAAAGAUAGCAAUUGCAUGCUUGACUGAAAGCCCACAAUCUCGCCCUACCAUGGAACAGAUUGUUAAAAUGCUUCAACGUGAAGGUCAUCUUUAAUUGAUCUAACAAAGUUAUCUAUGUUGACAUGUGUGCAUGUUGUGAUGACUGUACGAUAAUACGUGAGCAGAUGUGACAGGAAAUGCAUCCACAUCUCAUGUUGGAGGGUCUGGCUGAGGAAUUUUGAAGUCAUCAUACUUUUCUUCUGCGAAGAUCGUAGCUUUAGCUAUUCAGAUAGUGUAUGUCUUAGUAAUAUGUCUAGACUAUUUAGCUACAGUUUUCAGAAAUGUAAUUAUUAUUUAUGAAUUUGUACUAUGAGCUCUAUGUAGAGCAACUACUGUAAAUAUGUAUAAAUAUAAUUUUUAGGU